GUGUAACAUGCAUUUAAUGCCCAUUUACACCGCUCUUACAUAAGUUUAUUUGCCAAAAGGGUACUCAUUUUUAUCAAGAAUUGUACGCCGAACAACCACGAAUUCGAUAUCAACCAAUUUUCAUAAUGGUCGAAAAAAGUUAUAUUGACCACCUCGUGGCUUCGGUAUUCGACAAUCUUCAGUAUCAACAUGAAUGGACCGAGUUGAAAACCCUAACUCAUUCUCCCGUGGAUAACUCACCUCUACCGAGACCCCUAAUCUCAGGAUUACCCCCACGCCAGCUUUAUCUACACCCAGAUGACCAGAUCGAGAUGCUAAAGAAACAUAAGAGUUCCAAAGAGCGCAUCCCAGAGACGCCUGUUACUGAAUGGGUAUUACCAGUUCAUUUAUCUGAAAAAUGGACCCUAAGAGCGUUUGCGAGUGUCUUCGAUUCCAUGCCACAAUCAACAGCUCCAGGUCGUGUCAAGAGAGUUUUGCUUGCUACAGUACAUGACGAUUCCACAGUUGUGUACUACUUCAUGCACGAUGGUAUUGUCAAACCUCGACAGAACUAGUCUCAUGGAUGGGCAAUUUUGCUUCGCCUAAAGAAUAUAAUUUCCUAGUUAGGGCUUAAGGCUACGGCUUGAAAAUGACCUUUUGUACCUGCAUCUUGUCAAACAGGUCGUAACCCGAUACAGCCAUAGAGAGGGGCAUGAUUUUCUCAAACAUAAAUCUACAAAAGAUUAAUAUUCGCCUGUGGC